GGACCAAACAGUCUUGGGAUCAACUAAAAAGGAACCCCAAAGAAAAUGAAAAAAAACUAAAAACAAUGGUACCUCCUUUAUAAAUCGUGGAGACGAUGAUUUAGGUCCUCAAUCAAAGCAAUGGCUUCUCGUCUCUCAAACGCCCUUAAUCUUUUCAUCUUCAUAUCCCUUCUUUGUCUACGAAUUAGGGCUGAAGAAGGUAAUACUGGAUCGGUGUUCUUCAUUGAUAGUACUAGUCAGGGAUUUCUGCGUUCAUCAGAUCUCACCUCUCAGGGUGGGUCAAUGUUACUUUCCGAUGUAACGGCAGCCCUGUUGAUCUUGCUUGGUUUUGCGCCACCUGCUUCACUUACAGCUGAAAGUUCAAUUAAGCUGAAUGGAAUUCUAUCACCAAACCCAUUCGGCAGGCCUCAUGCUGUUCUUAUGCUUGAAGUUAGUGGAACUAGAGGUUGGAUAAUUGAUCUUUACAAUGGAUCUUAUAACUUUCAAAGGAUUUACUGUAAUUUUUUCGUACUAGCAGAUCAGAUCCCAGCUGGGGUGAAAUUUGGCAGCUACAUUCAGAGCACUGUUGUACUCGAUUCAGUUAAAGCUGAUGUCCAACUUCCAGAGAGGGAUGAAGUCUCAAUGAUAUCGGUGGGUGAAUCUGAAGGUUCUGAAUGCAAUGCAGCAUGCAUGGAAAAAGAACUGCACGAUAUGGCAGCUGAGUUUGGUGGCUCAUAUGUGGAUGAUGAGUUGACUAUUGAUUUGGCCAGUGGUACUCGUUUGAAUCUGCAUAUGGCAAAGAAAGCAGACAGGGAGUUCACAAUAAAACUUGUUUCUCUUGUUCGAGAUAUCAGAGGUGCGGUGGAGAUACACAGGGAUUUAGAUGGAAGGAUGAAGAAUCAGGCUGAGUUAAUAAAAGGUCGUUUCGUUGGCAUUAAGGCUUUGCAAGAGCAAUAUGGACCUGAUGGUGUUGCUCAACAGGGAAUGGAGCUCUUCCAGAUGAUGCUAGAAAUGAUAUUUGAUCCAUUACAAGGGGCGUACCAAGGUCAAAUUGUAGGAGUCAUCCUCUUCACUGGCGUAUCUCUUCCGGAAUCUGAAGCAUUUUUAAAUGUGAAAUCUACUUCCCGUACCUCCAGGUUGUUGGAAGAGAAAGCCCCCACAGCUAGCCCAACUCAUACUGUGGAGAUUCUUCUGGUUAGACGGACCCUUGCUUGGAUCACAGGAAUUAUUCUGUUAAUAUCAACUCUUCUUGGGAUGUUCUUUCUAUUCAAUAUGCCAAUCACAAGAGAUACCCUUCUUUAUUCGAACGUCAAGCUUGACUAAGUACAGGGAUCGGCUUAAUCUUCCACAUGCAACGAAGAUCCAAACUUUUAAGAGCUGCAGUAAAUUCAAAUUCCUCUGGAUAUUUUGUAGCAAUGUUGUAGAACUGGCCUUGUAGAACUGAAUUCCAUGCAUCUCUUUGCAUUAUAUUAUUUUUCUUGUUAGAGAAACCAGUCAUGGUUCUUGUUUUGAGUGUGUACUAAAUGAGCAAUGGCGGAUCAGAUGUGUAAUAUUCUUAGCUUAUUUAACUGAAAAAAUGAGGGAAGGGUACCGAAAACUGCUGAUAUCCGUCUUCUUUUCAAAUAUUCGUUAAUGUGUAGUGGCUGCACAAUAGUCAGAUGUUCACAAGUUUGUCAUGUAAUAAUAACAGAAAAAUAAAAUAUCAUAUGAUUUGCUAGUUGUUUA